AUGAUCAUUGGUAACAGACCACCAGAGAGGCGAAACCCCAUCAAUGUCCAAGCGUUGACGCCUACCCCAGCGUUGAUUACCAUCUGGACUACUGCGAGAUUGGGGUUUAGGUCUGGCAAUGAGAUUGGCAAUGGCUUCAUCGUUCUUAUCAACGGCGCAGUGCAAUAUGGUAUAGCCCCAUCCAUCCUGAUACCACAGUUGCUCAACAGUCACAAGAUAGGCGAGCUUUGGGACUGCAAUGAGAAGCGACGUCGUUUCUUCGGGCCACAGGUGAUCCACAAUAAGCUGGAUGACCUCAGCUGGCAGAUGGAGUAA